GCAUCACUCAAAGGACAUCCCAACGAACAAAGUUGAAGAAAUCUUCAACUAAUUAAGCAUGGCUUCCAAUUUAAAAAAGGUCUCAAUUUUCAUCAUAUUUAUGGCAUGUCUAUGCACCAAAGCCUUGUCACAAUGUGAAGAUCAAACCAACAACCCUUGUAACAACAAAUCCAAGGCUUUACCCUUAAAGCUCAUUGGUAUAGCAGCUAUCCUCGUCACAAGCAUCAUCGGCGUAUCCUUACCUCUACUCACUCGUUCCAUUCCUGCCCUUAGCCCAGACCGUAGCCUUUUUGUGAUCGUCAAAGCUUUCGCUUCUGGCAUCAUUUUGGCUACUGGAUUUAUGCAUGUUUUGCCUGAUUCUUUUGACAUGUUGAGAUCACCUUGCUUGGAUGGUAACCCAUGGCAAAGGUUUCCAUUCACGGGAUUUGUUGCUAUGUUGUCGGCUGUUUUCACGCUCAUGGUGGACUCUAUGGCUACAAGCAUGUAUACAAGGACGAACAAUGCUGUAGCAGAUGAAGACGUUGAGCCCAGAGACCAGGAGAUGCCGUUAGCUGUGAUAAAUGAUGGCGGCAUGCAUCUCCAUGGACACCAUCACGGGCCAAAGGGCACAGUAGGACAACAACUUCUACGUUAUCGUGUUGUAGCCAUGGUGCUUGAACUUGGAAUAGUUGCUCACUCGAUAGUGAUCGGACUUGGAGUCGGGGCAUCGAAUGAUGUAUGCACAAUUAAGCCAUUGGUGGCAGCUCUUUGUUUCCAUCAAAUGUUUGAAGGCAUGGGCCUUGGUGGCUGCAUUCUUCAGGCCGAAUAUAAGACACUGAAGAAAACUGUAAUGAUUUUUUUCUUCUCGGUAACCACUCCCUUUGGAAUUGUUCUUGGGAUCCUGUUGUCAAAGUCAUACAAAGAGAAUAGUCCGGGUGCGUUAAUUGCAGUUGGGGUACUCAACGCUUCGUCAGCAGGAUUACUUAUCUACAUGGCGUUGGUCGAUCUUCUCGCUGCUGAUUUCAUGGGCCCCAAGCUUCAAGGAAGCAUUAAGCUUCAAAUGAAGUCUUAUGCCGCAGUCUUGCUUGGCGCUGGUGGGAUGUCGCUCAUGUCAAAAUGGGCUUAAAAACCGGGACACAAAUGAAAUUGUGGCGUUUUAUUGAUCGUUAAUGAUAAAUAACCUUCACUAUUCUGAAGUUGUUUUCAAGCUGUUAGAGCUAACAGUUAUGUGGUUAGCCAUGUUAUAUUUUUCAUGUUAUACUGUCACAUUUUUUGUUUUCUAUUCAGGCUAUGAGGCCUGUUGUUGUACGGAUCAUUCAUUCUAGUGAGAUUACACACAAAUCAUUUUCUUUAAA